GUAACUGACAUACCAAGCAAUUAAUUAGGGAAAUCAGUCUUUGUUGACUCUUCCAAAGCCUUUCAGUUUGUCGACCUCAGUAUACUGUUAGGAAAAAGAGCGAUAUUAAGACAUGAGGUAUAAGCACUCCUGAUUCAAAGGCUAUUUGACUGAUAGUGUGUGUGUGUGUCCUAAAUUUGUUUUCUUAUCGUAUGACAUAAUUAUAGUUUUAGAUCCUCAUCAGUCACUGCUACAUCUUGCAACCAGUAUUUGGAGAACACAGUGAGAAUAAUUGAGGGUGGUUGCAUCACCCUCAAUCACGAUCUACAAAACUCAAACGAUGACCAAAGGGGCAAUGGAUCUGUACAUGAGUGAGGUGGCGAGGGGCGUGGCCAGGGGGCGGCUAGCAGCGUGUGCCACCAGGGAAAUGUGUAUGAACAUAAAAAAAGGCGCCUGUCAAGAAAGGUUCGUUUGGUGCAAGGAGUUGGCACAGGAGGCGUCUGAGGCUGUGCAGAGCGGCCGUCUGAACCUGGUGCCACAGCUGCACAGGAGGGCAUGGCAUAGCUGGCUGGACAACAUCACAGACUGGUGUGUCUCCCAGCAACUCUGGUGGGGCCACAGAAUGCCAGUGUACCACAUCACUGCAGCAGACGGCCGGGAGGUGUGGGUGGCAGCUGCUCGGAGGAAGAUGCAAGGCGGAAGGCUGUGCAGAAGGAAGACUGUGCUGCUGCAUGGCCUCCUGUGUGAUGGUGGCGGCCACAAGACAUCCAAGUCCUGGGGCAAUGUGAUAAACCCCCUGGAUGUGAUCAGUGGGGCGUCCCUGGAGGUACUGUGUGAGAGGAUGGAGGGGAGCCUGAAUACAGAAGAGGUACUCACUGGUAUCAGGAGGAACUUCCCCACAGGCAUCCCAGAGUGUGGAGCUGAUGCCCUUUGGUUCACCCUGUGCUCCACCAACUUCAAUACUGCACACCCCGUCCUGCAGCCUCAAGGCACUCACCUCUCCUUUUCCAGUCAUGGGUGCCUUGCCUCCUCCUUGCAACACCACCACCACCACCACCACUGCUGCCAUCACCUACGAGGGGGAGAGACUGUGAUGUGGCUGCGGGUGGCUAGAGGGGCAGUGGGUCUGUACAUGCGUGAGGUGGCGAGGGGCGUGGCCAGGGGGCGGCUAGCAGCGUGUGCUACCAGGGAAAUGUGUACGAACAUAAAGAAGACGCCUGUCAAUAAAGGUGCAGUAAAGGUCACGCCAGGUCACAGCCACGAGGACUGUCAGGUCAGGCACUCACUCUUGCUGUGGCUGGCACACUAUUCUUUGCUCUCUUCUUCCAGGAAUUGCUGCCUGAGGUGUGUGUGUGUGUGUGUGUGUGUGUGUCAUCCACAGCAGGUGAUGAUGAUGGUUCCUGCUUUCAUCCUCAUUGGGGCUAGCCAGACCAACCUGGGGCUGUACUCUGGGGUGACGCUGUAUGCCACAGGUGGCAAUGUGGAUAGCAAGUGGAAGAGACCUUGGGAGACUUCCGUAAAUGAGGAGCAACAAGCACAUCUCACUGGAGCCUUUCAGGAACCAACAGUCAGUGUUGUGGUUGUUCAAGAAGGGAUCAGUAACUGUCAGACUGGAAGUUGGAAAGAUCAGAAGCAGCCGUCACACAGUUGGCAAAGGGUGCUCAGUGGUUGGAACAGCUGUCACUCUCAUCCUGCAACUCACAAGCCUUUUCUAACUAAAAGAAGGUGCAGCAAAUCAGUUACAGUGUAUACAUCCCAUCAGCUUACUAUUCUUGUACCUGCCUGCCUUUUUCACCCAGAGCCUUUCUUUCUCUUCGGAGUCAUGGCUGUCGUUGAUCUUCCGGUUUCCCUUCCAGUCUCACAACUUACCAAGCCCUCUCAACAAGGGCCAUCACAGCACUCUUCUCUUUGUUAAGCUUGCCAGGACCCAUUGUAAUGUAAGAAUUAAAUGUGAAAUGAGAAGAUAGCGGUAAGAGGGACAGGCAGGGAAGCACAGGAGAGACAUCCCCCUCCAUUGUGUCUGGCAUUCCCUCUGUGAUUAAAGGGCUGAAUUUGGCAUCCUCAGGGCAUGAGAGUUGCUUGCCAUGGGGUGACAGUUUGCUACUUUUUUGAGCACUGAAGUCUUUGUUCUUUGGGUGUGCUGUCAUGUUUACACUAUAAUAUUCUUUGUGGCCAUUGUAAAGCCACAUUGAAGGUAUGUGUAAACCUUAAUGCCAACCCCAAGCUGUCCCAUUUUAUAAAUCCACAAAAAUAUUUAAAAAACUGGGAAAAUUUGAAAUCUGCAGCACUUUCAGUCCCAGGAAUUUUGGAUAAGGGAAUUUCAACUGUAUAUAGCAUUGUUGGGAGUGUGAUAAAUGAUGAGAUGAUUGUGUGUGUGUGUGUGUUGUAAGAGGAAGGAGAUUGUUUUUCUGAAGUUGGAGGAGGAGGGGAGGCAUGCUUUUACCAAGAUUAUAUAAGAGCAGUAACAUUGAAAAUAGUGGUACAAGACUGCAAGAGAAGCAACAGAGAUGGCUGGAUAAGCAGAUGUUAGAAGCUCCUGUUAGAUGCGAGUCCUGAUAGGAGGUGUGAGCGAGUCUUGUCAGUGAGGUGUUGUGAAGUAUUUUAAUGGAGAGAGUUAGAAGGAAUGAUUUGUAGUGAUCGGUGUGAAAAUGAGAGGAUGUGUAACUCAGUUAUUGUGAUGUGCAUGUGAAAG